AACAGUCUCCCAUGGCGAUAAAUCCAAUCCUGACUUCCGCCAUGCGUUGCUUCCACUGGCUUCGAUUCCUUUGGCUCUCUCCGUCGUCACCCACCAAAACCCCACAGAACCCAAGAAAGACGAGAAACAUCGUCAGCUUUACUCUCCGCACGAGUCCCAAUGAACGGCGAGCCCGAGGCGCAAGACCUAGCUCCGCCCGCCGCCGGCGGCGUCCUGGAGGUCCGGGCGGAGGUCGACACCUCGGCGCCCUUCAAGUCUGUGCGCGAGGCCGUCGACCACUUCGGCGGCAGCGCCGCCUGGAGCUCCCACCUCAUCAAGCGCAUGUUCGUGCCCCCAAAGAAACAGGUGGGAACUGAAGAAUUGGCCAAUUUGGAAGAGCAGACCCGGCAGCUGGAGAAGGUGCUCAGCAUCAAAGAAAGGGAAACGCUUGAUGUGCUGAAAGAGUUGGAGUCCACCAAGAAGGUUAUUGCAUAUUUAAAGCUCCAGGUACAGAGCGAAGAAGCUUGUACAUUUUCCAUCUCUGAGGAGAGGGACCAAGCUGAGGCAACCACUGAAGAAGGACCUCCGGAAAAGCAGUCUGAAAAUGCCGAACCUGAAGUGCGUAUGCCUGGCCAAGAUGCACAGCUGCAGCAGGCUCCUGGUUCUUCAGUGCUAAAGGGGCUUGAGCAGGCCAAAGCUAACUUAAACAAGACCUCGAGUGAUUUAGAAGCUAUAAGGGCCUGCAUCGAGUCGCUACGGAAUGAAAUUGCUAAAGAGAAAGUCUUGGUGGAGAGAAGCCGAGAGAAGGUGUGCGCCAACACUACAUUGAUUUCAUCACUGGAGGAUGAACUAGACCGGACGACCUCACAGAAGCUGCAGACACUGAGGGAUCUGCAGAGGAGGUGUCAAGAUCCCUCGGACAUCUUCAUCGAGAUCAACAACAUGACGUCUGAGCUAGAGCAGCUCAGGAACGCAGCGAAUGCGUCGAAAUCUGAAGCUGUUAUGUUGGCUGCUGAAAUUGAGAAGAUGAGAGCUAGCAUUGGCACUGCUGAGGUGAGGUGUCUUGCAGCCAAGAAGAUAGAAGAGGCUGCAAGAGCAGCAGAAGCUCUUGCACUCGCUGAGAUCAAGAUCCUACUAAGCAAUGAAGCUUCAUCAGCUGAGGGUCUCCAGGGUGCAGAUGGUGUGAACCUUUCAUUGGAAGAGUACUCUGAGCUUGUUGCCAAAGCGCAAGAGGCUGAUGAAUGCUCAAGAAAGAAAAUUGAAGCUGCAAUGGUGCAGGUUGCUGAAGCCAACCAGUCAGAAUCUUGCUCCAUUCGAAAGCUGGAAGAAGCUCAAUUACAAGUUGACGAAUGUAAGAAGGCACUACAGGAGGCCCAGAAGAGGGUGGAUGCUGCCAACCGGGGCAAGAUCGCAGUAGAAGAGGCUCUUCGUAGAUGCCGAUCUGCGACUGGGUACAAGAGGCGUUCAUUCCAUGACCAUCCCAAGUUCAAACACGCAGCACCCCGUUGCAGAGAUUCCCAAAAUUUGGAUAUUGUGGACCUUUCAAAGGGUCCCUUGAAGCCAACAUUGUCGAUCGGUCAGAUACUGAGUAGGAAGCUAAUGGGGCCUGAUGGGUAUGAUAAAAGUGUUUGGGAGAAUACAAGUGAAGCUUCUAAUGUGUCACUUGGCCAGAUUCUGAACCGAAGGCGUGCAGUUGUGUAUAGCAGUGAUGCAACUGCUCAUGCCAGCGGGCAGUGGGAUAAGUCGAAGCAUGCCAAGAAAUUUGCAGGAAAAAGGAAGAAAUUUGCAUUUACUGGACUCUCAGUUUUCUUGGCAAGACAAGCCAAGAGCAAGAAGAAUAAAAAUCACAUUAGUACUACUAAUGUCAACUUGGCAGGAAAAAAAAAUUGUUGUGUACCUAGCUAGAUGUUAGCUUUGACCCUAGUUCAUGUUCUUAUAAUCUAGUAUUUUUUGUAGUCUCUGUUCAUAGAUGCCUAGAUCAUUGAUUUCGAGGUGGUUCCAUGUAAUCCGUAAUUCCACAGAAGGCUAGCAGCUAAUAACUGAUUUUGCUGACUAGUUGUUCUCAUGUACUGAUUUUGUGUGAACGAAAUGUAUCAAUAUGAUUAGUUGUUGAUAUCAUGUACACCUGAACGCUACAUGUAUGUACUCGCUAAAAUAUUCUUCUC